AUGGGCAUAGUAAAACCGAGUAGAAUAAUCCUUUCCUCUGAAGACGAACGCGCGCAACUCAUGUUGGACACACUAACGUGUAAAAAGGGGAAACGUUAUGAGUCCGGUCUACUGUGGAGGUACGAUAAUGUUCGAUUACCCGACAGUAAAACAAAGGCACUGAAGCGUUGGCAAUGCCUGGAGCGUCGAAUGCAAACGGAUGAAUCUUUACGGAAUACUUUGGACCAAAAAAUCACCGAUUACCUCGCUAAGGGUUAUAUUAGGAAAUUAUCAAACGCCGAGCUCCAAUUUGAUCGUACACGUGUUUGGUAUUUGCCUGUUUUUCCAGUGGUGAAUCCCAAUAAACCUGAUAAAACGCGAUUGGUAUGGGAUGCAGCCGCUAAGGCAUACGGAGUGUCACUAAACUCUGUUCUGUUGAAAGGACCCGAUUACUUAACAUCGUUACUAAGUAUCUUGAUCCAAUUCCGGGAACAUCCGGUAGCAAUCUGUGGCGAUCUGAGGGAAAUGUAUCACCAGGUACUUAUACGUAAGGAAGAUCAACAUUGUCAGCGCUUUCUCUGGGGGCGCGACCCAGAUACAUACAUCAUGCAGGUGAUGACAUUUGGGGCCUGUUGUUCGCCUAGUACGGCUCAAUAUGUGAAAAAUAAACAUGCCGCAUCAUACGAGAAUGAAUUUCCCGCGGCCGUACGUGCUAUAAUCAAGCAACAUUAUGUUGACGACAUGCUCGUAAGUGUAGAAACAGAAAAAGAAGCGCUGUCACUCGCACGUGACGUUAACAUGAUUCACACAGAAGGUGGUUUCGAAAUGAGAAACUGGCGGUCCAAUUCAUCAGUUGUACAGGCCAAACUAAGUGAACUUCGGGAAACCGAGAAAAAUUUAUACGUUACUGGAGGCCUUACUACAGAGAAAAUCCUCGGGAUGUGGUGGAACACAGCGCAAGACUGCUUCACUUUCAAACUAUCGUCUAGGCAUGCAGAUGAGUUGCUUGCUGGGAGAAGAAGACCCACUAAACGAGAAGUCCUUCGCACGUUAAUGCUGACCUUUGACCCAAUGGGAUUAAUAGCUAAUUUUUUGAUGUAUCUUAAAGUAUUGUUGCAAGACAUUUGGCGCUCAGGAAUCGGCUGGGAUGACCCAAUCAAAGAACCAGAAUUCCAGAAAUGGCUGGUAUGGGUUAGAGUACUACAUCAAAUCGAGAAAUUAGAAGUUCGAAGGUGCUAUCGUACCGCUAGCUCUAAACACGCAGACGUUCAGCUGCACACAUUUGUUGAUGCCAGCGAAAACGGUUUUGCGGCUGCUACAUACCUUCGGUUCGAAGAGGGGUCCUCAAUCGAAUGUGUACUAGUAAGUGCUAAGACUAGAGUAGCUCCAAUUAAAUUUCUCUCGAUUCCCCGCUCCGAGUUACAAGCGGCUGUUCUCGGUAUGCGUCUAACGAAAACUAUUCUGGAAUCGCUAACUAUUGAUGUAAAAGAAGCACUGUAUUACACUGAUUCGAGAGAUGUAUGUUGCUGGCUGAAUUCAGACCAUAGGAGAUACAGCCAAUUCGUCGCCUUUCGAGUAAGUGAAAUCUUAGAGCAUACAGAGACAACAGAUUGGUAUUGGAUACCAACAAAAUAUAACGUCGCAGACGAAGGAACCAAAUGGAACGGAGUACCAAAACUAGAUUCAUCCAGUCGUUGGUUUCGCGGUCCCGAUUUUCUCUGGGAACCGGCUAAUAAGUGGCCCGUUUUGACGCAGCAAUGUGGUGAAACCGAUGUAGAUCUCCGUCCGCACCUGCUGAUGCAUAUGACGAUGGUGCAACCAUUAGUCUCACCUGAAAAAUUCUCAAGAUGGUCGACGCUGCUACGUCGCAUAGAAUCUAUCCAUAGAUUAGCGUUUAAUUGGAGAAGACUAGCUAAGAAGGAAAUUCCGACAAAAGGGCCAAUAACCCGUGAUGAACGAAUUCGUGCUCAGAACUAUCUUUAUCGUAUUGCUCAGGAAGAUACGUUCACCGACGAAAUCGCGAUACUGAAAGCAAGCAUUGAGUCCGGGGCAAGUAAACCGUUUCCAAAAAGUAGUCCAAUCUACAGAGUCAACCCGAAUCUAGAUCACCAAAACAUUAUUCGUGUGCAGGGUCGAACCGGUGCCUGCAAAUACAUUGAUAUAACGGCCACAAAUCCAGUAAUCCUACCUCGAGAACAUACUAUAACCAAAUUGAUUGUGGCACAUUUUCAUCUCAAGUUUCAUCAUCAAAAUCACGAAACUGUCGUGAACGAGCUACGACAGCAGUACUACAUUCCACGUCUCAAAGUGGUAUAUCAAAAGGUACGAAAGCAAUGUCAGCAAUGCAAAAAUGAUAGUGCAGUCCCUCGUCCACCUUUAAUGGCCACGCUACCUGAGGCGCGACUUGCCGCAUAUACAUCACCCUUUACUCAUAUGGGGGUGGACUAUUUCGGACCGAUAAAAGUGUCAUUAGGUCGUCGAACUGAAAAAAAAUGGGGAGUCCUUGCAACGUGUCUCACAACGCGAGCGAUCCAUCUGCAAAUCGCACACUCACUGUCUACAGAUUCCUGCAUCAUGGCACUCAGAAAUAUUUUUAGUCGCAGAGGAACUCCAGCAGUAAUUUACAGUGACCGCGGUACAAAUUUUCAGGGUGCACAUAACACACUAGAGACUGCGGUUUUAAACAUUGAUCAGAACAAACUCAUAAAAGAGUUUACUUCCAGUUACACCGAGUGGAAAUUCAAUCCCCCCGCGGCCCCGCAUAUGGGAGGUGCGUAG